UGUAGCAGACUUCUUUACGAUAGUUUCCUUCUUUUCCGCCAGGUUACAGUUCCUGUGAGUCGAAAAAGUUAAAUAUCCUCGUAAUUUCGUGGAUAUUUACACUAAUUCCGACUGAAACAUGAAAAUCUGGACAUCUGAACAUAUCUUUUGUCACCCAUGGGAAACUGUGGCCCAAGCUUCAUGGAGGAAGUAUCCAAAUCCCAUGAAUCCAAACGUGGUGGCCAUUGAUGUCCUUGAAAGAGAUGUUCAAAAUGGAAUUCUACAUUCUAGAAGAUUAUUAAGUUCCAAGUGGGUUUUUCCAGGAUGGGCCAGAAAGAUUUUAGGUAGUGAAAGGAUCUGUUUUGCCAAAGAGAAUUCAACUGUGGACCCAACUAACAGAAUCAUGACACUCUUUACCCAAAAUUUAACAUUCUGUCAUUUAAUGUCAAUUGAUGAACGUCUGAGUUAUACUGCACAUCCUGACGACCCUUCUAAAACAUUGCUCACUCAAGAAGCAGUAGUCACAGUUAGAGGGAUUCCACUUUCAUCAUAUUUAGAGGGUUUUUUAACAAAUACCAUAUCUUUAAAUGCCAACAAGGGACGACAGGCUAUGGAAUGGGUUAUUGGAAAAUUGAAUGCUGAGGUUCAUGAUCUUACAACCACUGCGGCCAAGAAUUUACACGUUUUGACAUCUCCGCCGACGGUUCAAGCAUCCAGUCUGCCAGAAUGCUAGCAUCAGCUUCAAUUUAGUCCAAGU